AUGGCUAAAUAAUUUCAUAUGUAUGUAUGUAGCCGACUGUGUUCAAUUGUGACUGUGUGCACUCAACGUUUCCAGUGAAGUAGUGAAGAAGGGGGCUCGCAAGUUUGUGAGCAAUAUGAUGGUCCGUAUGGUGGAGUUCUGGGUCAUGACGGGAGGGGGGUGUCACCACACUGGUGAUGGAUGGAAUCUCCCGGGUGAAGCCGCAGCCGUCCUGACAGGCGCUCAAGCCUCGGCGCUAUUGGAUCCAGCAUGGAUGGGUGGACUGAAUAAAUAGCGAGCGAGACGCGCUUCAGGAUGACAUGAAGAGCAGCAGAGGAAGUGGGAGGCUUUAGCGGACGAUCUGCUCCGCAACACAACUUCAACUCUCUUUAACUUCUGCUGCUUUUUUUUUUUUUUUUGUUUUUUUUGUUUCGCUUUUGCUGCUAACAGGUCGCCCCGCUUUCACUCCUUCCUCCUGUUGUGAAGCGAAAGUCAGGAUGAUGAUCAUCCUCGCGGAGUUUUUCGUGGUGAUUCUGAAGGUUCUCUGGGCGUUCGUGACCGCCGGGGCCAAGUGGGUGGUGCGGCCGAAGGAGAAGAGCGUGGCCGGACAGGUGUGCGUGAUCACCGGCGCCGGCAGCGGCCUCGGCAGGCUGUUCGCCAAGGAGUUCGCCCGCAGACGAGCGAUCCUGGUGCUGUGGGACAUUAACAGCCAGAGUAACGAAGAAACGGCUGAGAUGGUCCGGCAGAUUUAUCACGAUCUGGAGACUCCGAUCAGCAAAGAGGGUCCAUUGGGAGGUGUAGAGGAAGUCCCGCCGUUCCAGCCGCAGGUCUACACCUACGUGUGCGAUGUGGGGAAGAGGGAAAGUGUGUAUUCCACGGCCGAGAAGGUUCGCCGCGAGGUGGGUGAGGUGGACAUUCUGAUCAACAAUGCCGGCGUCGUCUCCGGCCAUCACCUCCUGGAGUGUCCUGACGAGCUGAUCGAGCGCACCAUGGUGGUCAACUGCCACGCACACUUCUGGACCACCAAGGCGUUUCUCCCGAAGAUGCUGGAGCUGAAUCAUGGCCACAUUGUGACAGUUGCCAGCUCCCUGGGUUUAUUCAGCACAGCUGGUGUGGAGGAUUACUGCGCCAGCAAGUUCGGUGCCAUCGGCUUCCACGAGUCUCUGAGCCACGAGCUGAAGGCCUCGGAGAAGGACGGCAUCAACAUGACUCUGGUGUGUCCGUACCUGGUGGACACGGGGAUGUUCAAAGGCUGCCGGAUAAGGAAGGAGAUCGAACCAUUCCUGCCUCCACUGAAGCCAGAGUUCUGCGUCACACAGGCCAUGAGGGCGAUCCUCACCGACCAGCCCAUGAUCUGCACACCGCGCAUCGUCUACAUGGUCAAUUUCAUGAAAAGCAUCCUUCCCUUUGAGGCCAUCGUCUGCAUGUACCGGUUCCUCGGCGCGGACAAAUGCAUGUACCCCUUCCUAGCGCAGAGGAAGGAGGCCAUGAACAACAACGAGGCAAAGAAUGGAAUCUAGGGGGCGCCGUGCAAAUCCGGAACCAGGGCACAUAAACCUGCAAGCAUGAGGAAUCAACCACUGAGGCUGAAGCGGGAGGAAGGACGGCGGAACAGAUGGAUAGAAGGAAGGACGGACUGAAUCUAGACUGGUGCACUUGCAUUGAACAAAUGCAAACGGUUUACCAUAUUGUUCCUCUGGGACAAAGAAAGCUGUGUACUACACAAAGGAUCUAUUUUGACUUUUUUGUCGUCCUUUUGUUGUUGUUUAACGAUACCGACGUCUAUAUACUGUGUCACUAGUUUUUAAAUCAUACCGAAGAGAUAUCCAGUAAGUAACUUGCGUAAUGUAGUCACCAGCCUUAUCUAGUGUCCUCGUGGAAAUAUACAGUAUGUUACUGUACAGGCAGUAAAACACUUUCACCUUCUUUUGUAUUUUGUUGUAGACAUGCACUGUAAUUGUAAUGAUUGUUCUCCACACUGCCAGUGCAGAGGCUCAAUGUAUACACUUUAGCCCCCCCCCCCCCCCCCCCCCUCCAGCCACCAAAAUGUACAGCCUGUCCCGUAUCUCAAGCAGCCCGUCGACUCGUGUUGAGGGUCAGAAAAACGACUGACCUCAAACCACAUGAGCGCGUUUAUCCUGCGAGGACGUGAAGAGGGAGAAUGUAAAAGGAAGGGUCCAUUUAAAUAUUUGUCUUCUGUGGCAUUUUAUCUUGUAACGGUUUGUCAACUUGGUGAAUUCGUCCCAGACCUGGAGCCGCUGUCCCGACACUGAUGUCGUCUUGUCAAAGUGAAAUGUGUUUCAAUGUAACUGUUGUGAAAAUCCCCUCCUUUUCUUUCUUUUAUUUCAGUAACAUUCCAACGGGCGCAUUCCGUCAGUCACAGCGAUGAGCCGAAGUUCUCUACCUCUUAAUUUUUACACCUUUAUUUUUGACAAUAAAUCUCCAUUAUUUUUUUUCUUUUGUUAUAUUCUGAACACUGCUCUGUCACUGAGCGAACAUGGUUCCAAUGUUUAGUGUCUCUGCCUAACUUAAAUUA